CCCCCUCGCCCCCGCCCCCCCUCGCGCGCACACACGCACUCUUCGUCUCCAGCUCUCUGCUCGCUCGGCUCGCAGUCACAGACACUUGAGCACACGCGUACACCCAGACAUCUUCGGGCUGCUAUUGGAUUGACUUUGAAGGUUCUGUGUGGGUCGCCGUGCCUGCUGCUUUGAAUCAGGUGAAGAAGCACUUCAAGGCUGGAUGAAGUAAAGAUUACUGUUAUUUUUCUCUCUCUCUUCUUCUUCUUUUAAGAAAGGAAAAUAUUCCAAGGACUAAUCUGGUCGAGUCUUCCUUCAUCAGGAACUUAUGCAAGGAUUUGGGAACUGAGCUGUGCACGUGCUGAAGAAGGAGACUUGUUUGAAGGAAACAGGAAAGAGGAAGAAAAGGAAGGAAAAAAUACAUAAUUUCAGGGACGAGAGAGAGAAGAAACACGGGGACUAUGGGGAGAAAAAAGAUUCAGAUCACAAGGAUCAUGGAUGAGCGGAACAGGCAGGUGACAUUUACAAAGAGGAAAUUUGGAUUGAUGAAGAAGGCUUACGAGCUGAGCGUGCUGUGUGACUGUGAGAUUGCACUGAUCAUCUUCAACAGCACCAACAAGCUGUUCCAGUAUGCCAGCACCGACAUGGACAAAGUGCUUCUCAAAUACACAGAGUACAACGAGCCGCAUGAGAGCCGGACGAACUCUGAUAUCGUAGAGACAUUGAGAAAGAAGGGCCUUAAUGGCUGUGACAGCCCAGAUCCCGAUGCGGACGAUUCAGCAUUGAACAAGAAAGAAAACAAAGGCUGUGAAAGCCCUGAUCCUGACUCCUCUUAUGCACUCACCCCACGCACUGAAGAAAAAUACAAAAAAAUUAAUGAAGAAUUUGAUAAUAUGAUCAAGAGUCAUAAAAUUCCUGCUGUUCCACCUCCCAACUUUGAGAUGCCAGUUUCCAUCCCAGUGUCCAGCCAUAACAGUUUGGUAUACAGCAACCCUGUCAGCUCACUGGGAAACCCCAACCUUCUGCCACUGGCCCACCCUUCUCUGCAGAGGAAUAGUAUGUCUCCUGGUGUAACACAUAGACCUCCAAGUGCGGGUAACACAGGUGGUCUGAUGGGUGGAGACCUCACAUCCGGUGCAGGCACCAGCGCAGGGAAUGGAUAUGGCAACCCCCGAAACUCACCAGGUCUGCUGGUCUCACCUGGUAACUUGAACAAGAAUAUACAAGCCAAAUCUCCUCCCCCUAUGAAUCUAGGGAUGAAUAAUCGUAAACCAGAUCUCCGAGUUCUUAUUCCACCGGGCAGCAAGAACACGAUGCCAUCAGUGAAUCAAAGGAUAAAUAACUCCCAGUCGGCUCAGUCAUUGGCUACCCCAGUGGUUUCCGUAGCAACUCCUACUUUACCAGGACAAGGAAUGGGAGGGUAUCCGUCAGCCAUUUCAACAACAUAUGGUACUGAGUACUCCCUGAGUAGUGCAGACCUGUCGUCUCUGUCCGGCUUCAACACUGCCAGUGCUCUUCACCUUGGCUCUGUAACUGGCUGGCAACAGCAACACCUACACAACAUGCCGCCAUCUGCCCUCAGUCAGUUGGGAGCUUGCACUAGCACUCAUUUAUCUCAGAGUUCAAAUCUCUCCCUGCCUUCUACUCAAAGCCUCAACAUCAAGUCAGAACCUGUUUCUCCUCCUAGAGACCGUACCACCACCCCUUCGAGAUACCCACAACACACGCGCCACGAGGCGGGGAGGUCUCCUGUUGAUAGCUUGAGCAGCUGUAGCAGUUCCUACGAUGGGAGCGACCGAGAGGAUCACCGGAACGAAUUCCACUCCCCCAUUGGACUCACCAGACCUUCGCCGGACGAAAGGGAAAGUCCCUCAGUCAAGCGCAUGCGACUCUCUGAAGGAUGGGCAACAUGAUCACAUUAUUACUUAAUAGUUUUUUUUUUUCUUGCAGUGUGUGUGUGUGCUAUACCUUAAUGGGGAAGGGGGGUCGAUAUGCAUUAUAUGUGCCGUGUGUGGAAAAAAAAAAACCGUCAGGUACUCUGUUUUGUAAAAGUACUUUUAAAUUGCCUCAGUGAUACAGUAUAAAGAUAAACAGAAAUGCUGAGAUAAGCUUAGCACUUGAGUUGUACAACAGAACACUUGUACAAAAUAGAUUUUAAGGCUAACUUCUCUUCACUGUUGUGCUCCUUUGCAAAAUGUAUGUUACAAUAGAUAGUGUCAUGUUGCAGGUUCAACGUUAUUUACAUGUAAAUAGACAAAAGGAAACAUUUGCCAAAAGCGGCAGAUCUUUACUGAAAGAGAGCAGCUGUUAUGCAACAUAUAGAAAAAUGUAUAGACGUUUGGACAGACCCGGCAAGGGGUGGCCAUUGGUAAAUGUUAGGAACAUGCCCGGUCACCUAACAUCCCGAGGAAGCUCACAAACCUGCAGGCAUAUCAUUGGUGUAUGGCACUCAUUCAAAAGGAUCAGAAACCAUUCAAAGAGGACCAUACCUACUUUAAAAGAAAAGAAAAGAAAAAAAGAAAAAACAAAACAACAAAAAAUGUACAAAAAAAAAAACAGUGUGGCGUUUGAGAGCUAACGUAUUUAAUUAAAUAAAUAAAUCUGGGUCUGCAUCUCUUAUUAAAUAAAAAAUAUAAAAAUAUGUACAUUACAUUUUGCUUAUUUUCAUAUAAAAGGUAAGAAAGAGUUUGCAAAGCAUUUGUGGCUUUUUGUAGUUUACUUAAGCCAAAAUGUGUUUUUUCCCCUCAAUAGCUUCGCUAAUAUUUUAAACAGUCCUGUAAAACCCACAGAGGACUUUUUGUAUAGAAAGCACUACCCUAAGCCAUGAGGAACUCCAUGCUUUGCUAACCAACAUAACUGUUUUCUCUUUGUAGAAGUUUUGUUUUUGAAAUGUGUAUUUCUAAUUAUAUAAAAUAUUAAGAAUCUUUUAAAAAUCUGUGAAAUUAACAUGCUUGUGUAUAGCUUUCUAAUAUAUAUAAUAUUAUGGUAAUGGCAGAAGUUUUGUUUUCUUAGUGGGAGGGGGGUAUAUUUGUGCAGUUGCACACUUGAGUAACUAUUUUCUUUCUGAUUUCUUUUACUCUGCACACAUUUUAUAAGUUCAAGGUCAGCUGUCAAAAGGAUAACCUGUGGGGUUAGAGCAUAUUACAUUGCAACAUCCUAAAUUGUUUUUAGAAUGUCAACAAAUUAUAGGUCAACUGACAUCCAUUGUAUAUACUAAUUGGUUUCUUUCAAACUAUUUUUGUUUUGUUUUGUUUUGUUUUUUGCAUUUUAUCAAAAGCAGGGCCCCUUUCAGAUCUCUCCAUUUCACCACGAAUCUUGGAAUUGAGUAAGUUCAUAUCCUAACUCGCCCAUAUUCUAAAUUACAUGGUUCAUGUUCAGCCUUGAAUUUGAUGUUUCUUAGAAAUAUGCCCAGAGUAAGUUGGGUCACAUGUCCUGCAAGUUGGGCCCUAGGAACAAGAGAUGUGAGUUUACUUGGUGGAUAAGUUACAGAUUUCUAUAGAAGAAAAAUGUGAAAGACUGGGUGCUACAAGGGAGGAAAACAGUUAAGGGAUGGUUACUUGUCGUCCACCUUCGAGAUUUUAACUGACCUGUUGAACAGCCUGGUGUGUCAGGACCCCCAAUGUCACUUCUGCAUAAAGCAUGUACGGCAUCUAUUUUUUUCUUCAAUAAAGAGAUUUAAUAGCCAUUUCAAGAACUCCCAUUCAAAAACUUUCUCUAUGUCCCUUUUGUUAAUUUUCAAGAUAAUUUAACACUUGUCUAAUAUUUGUGUGUAAGGGAUUAAUUUUCAGACCCUUUAAAAGUGAGUGCCAUAAAGAAUCAAUAUAUAGUGUUUAAUAAAGUGAUAUUUCAGUCUAGGAAGUGAUUUCCUUCUCUUGGAAUGUGAAGAUCUGUCGAUUCAUCUCCAGUCAUCCAUACUAACAUGCAGAGCAAAGACUACGGUAAAAUCAGUCCUGCUAGGUCAUAUGUAGGACAUAAUCAUCAGUUUUUAUUUCCUUUUAACUGCAUAGUUGCUAUGUGUUUCUCGCUGUAAAAGGCUGCCGCUGGGUGGCAGAAGCCAAAAGACCUUAUUAAUGAGGCUAUAUUUUUCUUAACUUGAUCUGCAAUCCAUAAUUAGACCACGAUGCACCUUUGGUUGUAUCCGUAUAGGAUGCUAGCCUGCCUUGUAGUAAUGUUUUAUAUUAAAAAUAAAAUAAAGACAUCCAUCAUUUCAUAUAUAUCCCACUACUAAAGGUAUCCAUGGAACAUGAAGACUAGUCUUUAUGCAGAAGGAAAACAGGAAAACACCUUUGCAAAUAUGGUUAUCUAUACACCUGUUUGCAUGUCUGUGUAUGCGCACAAAAUGUGCACAUGAAGUGAAAAUGAAAAUCAGUCAUCAUUUUACUAUGGACUUGAUUCCAUCCUAACGAUUCAUGUUUAUAACUUAACAUGUAUUAAAUAUGCAAGCAUAUCACAAAUGUUCCUUGUCAUUUCAAAAUACAUUUGUUUAUCAGUAUCCUUAGAAUCUUGCCAGUGGGUGGGAAAGGGUCAUAUAAAAAUAUGAAGAAAUAGCCAUAUUAAAUUUUUACCUGCCAUUUGCCUCGGCAACAAAGCAAACAUGAGUUUCUAAUGUUAAAGAUAGAGUAAGCGAUUGUGCCAGCAAAGGCCUCUGCUGUUUAUAGCACUUCUGACAAUAGUUUUGUACAAACUCGAGAAGAACAGACUCACUUGAAAAUGGACGCCAGUCACCUCCUUCCCACUACUGAAUUCAAAGCAGUAGCAGAUAGUAAAGGGAUAAUCUAAGAAUUUUUUAAGAUGAUUUAAUGAGAAGCACAAUUUUUAUUGUGACCAGUCACACUCUAUGAACAGUCAGUGUCUGUCUGUCUUUACCCUUCUGCCUUUUCUGUAAGUCACCACUUACUGUAUUUGCAAACCUAGUAUGGUUUUUAAUCACAGAAAGUCCUUUGUGUCCAGGAGUCUGGGCAGAGUUCUGAGGGAUUAUUUUAAGUUACCUGGCCUAGAGUAGCAUUUUAGACAACAUUCAUCAUUGCAAGUAGGAGAACUGUAAGUGGCGUUUUACAUGGCUGCAAGUAUUGUUAUACCUAGUCCUAUUUUAAAAGAUUUUUGGUAACAGUAGGCUGAGAACCACUGGUAACGGUGGUGCAGCAUAUGCAAGCUGCACAACCUGUAUGCUGUACGCAUUGAUGUGAGGAGGCUGUUUAGUUCAACCUUUUUUAAAAUUGUGUUUUUUAGUAAAAUGGCUUAUUUUUUUCCCAAAGGUGGAAUUUAACAUUUUGUAAUGAUGAAUAUGAAAAUGCCUGUCAUCUUUAGAACACCUAAAGGUUAACUAAAGUGAGAAUUGCAAAACAAAUCCCAAUGCACGUUUUAAGACCAUGUCUGCCCUCUCUCACCUCUAUGUGUUUGUUUUUGACAUACCUACCCUUUACCUUAGAGAUACCGUUUUUACUCCUUGAUCCCUUUGAUGUGUGUCCCACAUCCCCAGAGGGUAAAUGCUUUGUAUUUCUUUCUUUAAAUUUUUUUUGAAGAAGAAGCCACUUGAACCUUCAAUAAAGGCUGUUGCCUAAGCAUGGCAUACUUCAUCUGCUCUCCUUUGUGCCAUCUGCUAUGGUGUCGUCACUUAUAUGGCGUUAAUUUCCUGCCACUACAGAUCUUUUGAAGAUUGCUUGAAUACUGGUGUCUGGUAGAAUGCUUCAGACUACAGAUGUAAUUAAAGGCUUUUCUUACUAUGUUUUAACCAAAGAUGUGGAGCAAUCCAAGCCACAUAUCUUCUGCAUUAAAUUUGUCCAUUUUGGUUAUUUUCCUAAUCGGGUAUUGCAUUUUGCCUUCCCUGUUCAUACCUCAAAUUGAUUCAUACCUCAGUUUAAUUCAAGGAGGUUCGCUAAGUGAUGGAUCCUGUCGUGAUAUGAAUGCAGCAGUGUACUCUUGGAGCAAAGAGACCCGGGUCACUGUAGGCAUAGGACUUGGAUUGCUUCAGAUGGUUUGCUGUAUCAUUUUUCUUCUUUUUCCUUUUCUGAUGACUUGUUUCCAUUCAAUGAGAGUAAUUAAAUAGCUUGUAAAUGAGGGCAUACAAGCAUUUGCAACAAGUAUUCAAACAGAGGCUCACAGCGGCAUAAGCUGGACUUUGUCGCCACUAGAUGACAAGAUGUUAUACCUAAGUUAAACCACAUCUGUGUAUCUCAAGGGACUUAAAUUCAGCUGUCUGUAGUGAAUUAAAGUGGGAAAUUUUCAAGAGUUUCUCCUGCUGGAAAUAAGGUAUAAUUUGUAUUUUGCAGACAAUUCAGUAAAGUUACUGGCUUUCUUAGUGA